AUGCUUUGCUCGUUAGUGAUUAUCAGUACUGCUGCUGCUGCAGGUGGCCUUAAAGAAGGGCCGGAAGCUGUCGAAAAGUGGUUCGAAAAGCUAACGUAUGCGAAAGAAAAAUUAACCAAACUUCAUUUCUACUUUUAUGAUACUUGUAGCAGACGAUCCUUUAAGCGUGGGCCAGAACCCGAAUCGAAGAUCAUGGGUCGAGCCCAAGGGAUAUACGGUUCGGAUUCACUAGAAGAGUUGGGUAUACUCAUGAUCCUAAAUUUGGCUUUCACGGAUGUAAAGUAUAAUGGUAGCACGCUUAGUGUACUUGGACAUAAUCCGUUUUUGCACGAGUACCGAGAAAUGCCUAUUGUUGGUGGCUCCAGUGUUUUCCGGCUGGCGCGCGGUAUUGCCACUGCACAAACCGUUUGGUAUAAUCUUACCACCAAUAAUGCAGUUGUUGAGUAUACCAUAAUGGUUUUGCAUUAUUGA